AUGGCUGCCACACAGUUAGAUCCAAUCAUGCGAACAAAGAUUGACGCCGCGUGCACGACGGCGGAAGAGUUUACAAAGCUGUACUACGAGAGCGUGGACAAAAAGCGUCAUCAAAUGUCGCGACUUUACAUGGAAAACGGAAUAUUGGUGUGGAACGGAAACGGGUCCAGUGGCAAGGAACGGAUUGAGAAAUUUUUCCAGGAACUGCCCCGCUCGGAGCACACGGUCUCAACGCUCGAUGCACAACCGAUCGUUGACGAAUCCGUGUCGACGCAACCGACGUUUCUCGUGCAGGUGUCCGGCACGGCUAGGUUUCAGGACAAUCCCACCAAACCGUUCCAGCAAACGUUCAUGAUUACGGCGGAAGGUGACAAAUGGCGGAUCGUUAGCGACUGUUUCCGCCUACAGGAUGGCAUCUUCUGAACCAAUUCCGUGAAAACCCAUCUCCGAUGUUUACAAUAAAACGUAGC